AGAUUAUCACUAGAAUUCAACACAUGACAAUCGUGACAUUUGAUAAUUAUUAAAUGUUGAUUGUACUAUUUACUCAAGAAAUUCUUGAUAAUAUUUCCUUCUUAAUAUUUAAAUCGUUAAAUAUAAUUGCAGUAUGCUUUAGCAAUCAAACACAGACUAGAAAAAUAAGUAAUAUAGGAUUAAAUUUUAAUUUUUUUCUUUUUCCGUAAAUAAGUUAAUAAAAAAUCUGGGCCAAUGGAUCUUGAAGACAAUGCUUUGGGUUUGACCCAGGAUCAGACCGAUAAAAUUUUACAAUUUCAAGACUUAACUGGCAUUGAAGACAUGUCAAUAUGUAGAGAUGUUUUGCAGAGACACCAAUGGGAUCUAGAGGUAGCAAUUCAAGAACAAUUGAAUAUUAGAGAAGGGCGCCCCUCUGUGUUUGCCACAGAAGCUCGGGCACCACCUGUUGUACAUGACCACAUUGCACAGCAAGUUUUUACUGAAGAACCACCAGAGGGACCCGGAGGUGUCAGGGGCCUAAUACGUUAUGUUGUUAAUCUAGUUGUCUCAAUGUGCUAUAGUACAAUUUCAUCUGUAUUAAACUUGCUUUUAAGUUUUGUACGUAAUGAUGAUAGAAGACUGGCAACUGAUCCAUUAGCAGAUGUAAUGAAUUUCAUCAGUAGCUACCAAACAAAAUUCAAUGCACACCCAGUCUUCUAUCAGGGAACUUAUGCUCAAGCUCUAAACGAUGCUAAGAACGAGCUCAGAUUCCUAAUUGUUUACUUACAUUCAGAUUCUGCACCAGAAACACAGAAUUUCUGCAGAACAACAUUAGCAGAUCCCGAAGUAGUCCAAUAUAUAAAUACGCAUGCAUUGUUCUGGGGUUGCUCAGUCGAGAGUGGGGAAGGUUGGCGCGUCGCUCAGUCGGUGGGAGGUCGGCGAUAUCCUCUUUUGUGCGUUGUCUGCGUGCGGGAACAUCGCAUGACUGUAGUCGCUCGAAGUGAAGGGGCCUGUUCCGCCGAAAUACUUAUGCAGCGUCUUCGUCAAGUUGUCAGUGAAAACGAGGGUCACUUGGCUGCCGCUCGAGCGGAUAGAGUGGAACGCGAAGUGACAGCGCGGCUGAGGGCUGCCCAGGACGAAGCAUACGCCGAAUCCCUCGCGGCCGACCAGGAGAAGGAGAGACGAAAAGCGGCCGCCCGUGAAUUAGAACAGUUACAGCAACAACAGUACUUAGAGGAAUUGGAGCAAGAGGAACGCCGGAAACAAGAGGUGGUGGAGGCUCGUAAAGCGAUGGCGUCUCGUCUGCCGUUGGAGCCGUCGGGCGGCGCUGACACCGUGGUGCUUCUGAUCCGUCUGCCAGACGGCGAACGUCUCACUCGCAGAUUUUCACAUUUCCACACCACUCAGGAUCUAUACGACUUUGUGUUCAGCCAUCCGCAGUCUCCGGAAGAAUUCGAGAUAACGACAAACUUUCCCAAACGCGUGUUAGCCCGAGGAGCGUCCAACUUGUUGGACGUGGGACUGAAGGAUCGAGACGUGUUGUUCGUUAACGAUAUCAACGCUUGAACACGAAUAUGUAUACAUUCUAGUUUUAUAUAAAUUGGUAAUAAAGUGUCGUGGUUUGUAAGGAAUGCUCUUUUUUUGUAGUAACUUUUUGGGGUCAAUGUUUCUUCCUUGUUGUGUAAGAGUGUGGUACCCAAAAUCGGUUUUCAUACAUUUAUGACUAUUGAUAUUGUAAUCCAUGUGAUCAGCCGUCGGACAGUUGUUUCUCUCUCGGAAUUUUUUGUAGGCGGUGUAAGAGAAUUUCUCCCGAUGAUGAAUGUGUUUAUGAAAUGUGACGAUUCUAAAGGGUCUGAAAUAGGAUUAAUGUAUUACAAAUCAGCUCGGUCUUCUGAAAAACAAAACAGAUGUUAAUCAUUUGCAAAAAUAAAAAUAAAAUAAAUUGGCAUAGUAAAAAUGCUUGAUUGCGUUUUACAAAUAUGUACAACACAAUUCAAAAUCAGUGAUGCUUCGAAAAGGACUUGCUCGAGUACGGUAAGCUUCCACCAGUUGGCGCGUGAUGACAAAGUGCGGGCAUUGACCCCGACUUUUGUAAGCUUUACAUUGCGGAUUCGCUUAAUGCUUUUCUUUGAGCAAAAAUAAUAAUAAAUUAAAACAAUACCUAAUAAUUGUUCUCCAUGAAUGCUAAGGUGGUUGGUGUUUCGGCGUCGGGAGAUUGUUCUCUUACAUUAAAUUUUUACAUGUAUUUUAUUCGAGUUUACAUCUUGAACACGAAUCAUAGGCAACGUAAAGAUGGCGCUAUAUUAGUAUAAUAAAAAAAAUGAAAAAAAUAUUUUAUACUAGUUGAUUUUUGGACCACCCGUAGAUAUUAAAAUUAGAGGACCGAUUGCAGAUUUUAAUAGAAGUGUGAUUACAAUGCUCAUAAUAUAGGAUACUCUUGUUAUUGAGGCAAUGUAUAAAAAACGAGGCUGAAAGCAUCAGAUAAUCAUUUAGGCAUUAUCAAAUUUCUCCCUUCAUUUGAAAACUUUAAAAAUACAGUAAGAAAGGCAAAUGAAUAAAUCCACAAAGAACGAGCAGAUGCAACUAGAUUUUAUAAAUGCAGUAGCUUAAGUUAUUUAAGCAGCCUGCAAACAAAAAUUGAAUGUAGCGUAUCUAAUUCCUAUAGUGAUGUCUGUUUUUGGGGUUUUUUAAAAGAUAUUUUAAGUUUUAUAUUUACAUUACAUCUUUCCCCGUGUGAAUUUUAUUGUAGUUAGUUUUUAUGUCUCCUAGUAAUGUGAUAUUGAAUGUUAAAAUUAAUUGUCAAUGUACAUAGAUUAAGAUGUUUUACGAUAUGAACCAGCGGUCUUGGCGAAUAUUAAUAAAUUGUGUCUCGUUGUAUCUCGUUCUCACGUUGUAUUUCUUUCGGGAAAUCAUUUGCACUCUCUGGCUUAAAGGCUUAUUACACUUGGCUAAAUUUAGUCGACUGAAUUCAGUGAAAUGUAAUAGCAUUCAGUAAGCUAGCCUACUAAAUUCAGUAGCAAGGAUGGUUUCUGACUGACUAAAUCAUAUAGAAGACUAAUAAGAAACGCAUUUAGGAAGGUGUAAUCGCGUUUAGUUACUUAAUGAUUUCAGUCGUCCCAUAGCUCUCCGUGCGUAAGAACGUUUUAGUUUGUUUUUUACUUUCGAAUAAAAAGUAUUUAUUUCUGUCACCUUUAUUUAAUAUGCCAGAUAUUUAUAAAUAGCCCGACAUUUUUCAGGGAUAAUUUUUGUCAGCAGGGGUUGGGAUAUUAAAGAACUAAAUUUUAAAUCUCCAUACGAAUUUCCUGUUGCAAGAAAUCUUAAUGCUACAACCGAUCUUUCUUUUGAACUUAUACUAUCUCGCAGGGUAGUAUCCUGCUUUUGAAUAAACGGUGUCACAAGGUUUUAUUAGGUCAAAGGAUCUCGAAUCCAUUCGUAGAUAAUUUCUGAAGUCUGCUGGUUCUAAAUCACUCAUAAUGUUCAUAUUUGCUAACUUUCCGCGCAGCAUUAAAUAUUUCUUUACCCAUAUUCUUCUUUUUCUUUUUUUUGUUUCAAUUGAACCCACAGACCAAUUUUUUGUUGUCUAGACAAUGCUGGGGCCAACCGCUUACAUCCGCUUACGACACGUCCUACUUCGUCGCGUUUAAAUUGACAAUUGAUUCAGUAACUGAAUUUAGAAGUGUAAUCAGAAGCUUCUAACUUGCUUCUAAAUUUGCUUCUGAAUUUAGUCGACUAAAUUUAGCCAAGUGUAAUAAGCCUUUUAAAAAAUAUCGUUUACAAACACACAGAUCGGGUCUCUCGAAGAAGGCCGACUAAAACAGUUGCAUUUUUAAUAUCGGAUAGACUAAUCUUAUUUAGCAGUAACCGGAAAUUCUCGACUUUGCUGUGAAUAUCAUCGAUUUCCUAUUCCGAAUUUUACGGACAUUCACGUGGCCAACAAUAUUAUUUUAGUACUUGACAAAGUUAUUGAAAUAAUAGGAUUUGGUCAAAGUGGUAUUCGACACCGAUAUAUACUAUUUUAAUUCGUUUAGUUUUCCGAUAAUUAUUUAUUUUUAAUAAUAUACAUUUCUAAUUUUGUAAAAGAUGGAUAUUAAAUUUUUAAAUAAGUUUUUGACAAUGUUUUUUAAAAAUAUUGUUCGAUUUGCAUACCUACUUAGUAUUUUUUUUAUUACAAAUAAAUACAUGUCUCUGUUUUUUUUAAAAGUAUAAAAUGUAAAUAUAGUAUAAAAAGGUGGCAGUAAAUUAUUAUGUAGGAUACAUUUGGUAAAUGCUUAAAUUAAAUGUAGUCAUCAUACAAAACAAAUAUAAAUAUGAAAUAUGCCUUAAAAAUUACGAUGAUUGUUUAAUUUAGAGAACAAUCGAACAUUUCUUUCUGAUUUAUUUUUUUAUAUUUAACUGUAAUUCCAAAUAUGAUGUCAAUGUUGUAGUGAUGUAAUUUAGUAUCCAGUAGCUGUAUUCAGAACCUUUUUUCGAUUUUAUUUCUUUUUUAUCUAUAAAAGUACAAUAGCUUGUCAACGAUUCAUGGUUCUAAUGAUCAGAGUUUUAUUUAAAAAUUGUAAACUACCUAUUUAGGUAAACAGAUGAGCUUAUUUUUACUUCACAAAUCUUAACGUAAAACAAAAAAUAAUUCUAUUAUGCCCUCACACAGGCCCGCGAGUUGAAUGUAGAACUGAGGAAUUAGUGAUUUUGUCUAAUGGGCCUGCCAGCAGGUUUUGAACACCGGCAUAGUCGCAUCGCUCGAUACGAGUGUACCGGACGUCUUAUCCUUUAGACCAUGAGACUUGAUCUAACCAGGUUCACACAUGGAAAUAAAAUAAAAAAAACAUGUAAAGAAAACAUUAUUAGUAUUCUUUAAAAAAAACUUUUAAGUGUUGAUUUUCAAAAUAAAUAGAAAAUGACAUAAAAUAAUAUUGAGCACUUUUUUUGCCAUUUCCUGUGCUUAACGAUUUCAAAAUACAUUUGAUGUUUCAAAUAAAAUAAUGAAAACGAAACGCUACGUGAUUACAUAUUGUAAAGUCUAUAUCUAUACGAGCUACGUUUGGCACACUACUAGACUGUGAUUUUUGAAGUCCUUUACUGCAUUCAACGCGCAGACCUACGUUCUACGUUUGGCUUGAAAUUUUAGUUAAUGUAAUGUUAUGUUGUUUUUUAAGUCGAAAUAAGACGUUUUGCAUUUAAUCCUAAUGUUUUGUUAUAAAAUAGAAUAAAGAUUUUUUCAUUUA